CCAGUCUGGCACGCCAUCUGGGAGGGCCAGUACGCGAGCGUCAAACAGGUCCUUGACAACGGGCUGGACGUAAAUUAUACACAUCGCGGAAUCAGCUUACUACAGUGCGCCAUUGAAGCCGGUAACACUGACGUGGUACACCUCUUGAUCGAUGCUGGGGCCAACGUUGGGAAAGCAGAUCCGCAUGGCUGGUCUCCGCUCCAUUCCGCUGCCUUUUCCGGCGAUAUGGAUGCUUUGCUGCUUGCGCUGCAGCGAGCCAAGGAUCCAAGUCCUAAAGAUGAGUAUGGCUGGACACCACUGGACCUUGCUUCGUUUUAUAGGCACGAAGACCUUGUCAAGAUCCUG